AGUGCUGGCCUUGUUGUUGUUUUGUAUUAUUAUUUUUUGUUUACAUUAUAACCCAGAUGGUUAAAUGUUUAAUCGUAAAUUAGGGAUGGUUUAGGGGGAAUAGUAAUAAUUCCAUUUAAGAAAUAUUCUAAACAGCUCGUAUUAGGUGGAACCUCACCUGUUAAUUAAUUAAUUUAUGAUUUAUUCCAGUUUAAUUAUGAUAACGUAAUGAAUUAAUAAUUAAAACUUUAAAAAUAACAAUUAAUUUUGGCAAAAAACGGAGUCGGAAAUCUGCUGUGUGUGUGUGUGUGUGCGCGCGCGCGCGCGUCAGUGCGUAUUUUAGGAAAAAGUAGGAUUGGAGGCGUGGUUUAAGUGUCGUGCUUUACGUUGGGGGCGUGGUCUAAGGGGGCGUGGUCUGUUGUGUCCGCAGCUGGACGGUGAUGUGAGGCAGAGCGAGAGAUAAUCUCCAUCAUCCUAGUGUGUGUUUGUCUUGACAUUCAGGACUCCAUCCCGCUACACACACACACACACACACACACACACCUGGGUCCAGUCGGGAUCUGUAGUGUGCAUGCAGCAGAAUGGAGCAGGCGAGACGCCGAACGGAGCAGCAGGACCGCUCUCCCCCCUCAGCGCAGUUACCUCAGUUACCUCAGUUAGCACAGUUAGCACAGUUAGCUCGGCUGCUCUCCGCCCCGCCUCCGCUCUCUCCUGCUCUCCAUCUCCGUCCCCCCGGAUGAGGCGGCUGCACCACGAGGCCCGCGGAGCUCCCCCUCAGCCCACGGUCAUGGUGGUGCUCUCGGCCGCGCGGGACCCCGAGCCAGCGGGAGACCUCGCCGUGUCCAGGCCCGAGGAGGAGAGGCGCAGGCCGGCUGGUUCUGUCCUGGGCAGGAGCCUCCCCAAAGCGGCGCGCGCCCUGCCCGCGCCCCAGGAGUUUCCCGAGGUGAUUCCCCUGAACGUAGGAGGCACGUACUUCACCACACGUCUGUCCACGCUGCGGCGUUACGAGGACACCAUGCUGGCCGCCAUGUUCAGCGGGCGGCAUCACAUUCCCCGAGACGCAGACGGGAGAUACUUCAUCGACAGGGACGGAGCUUAUUUUGGGGAUAUCCUAAACUUCCUGCGUGAGGGCGAGCUGCCUCAGAGGGAGCGGGUUCGGGCCGUACACAGAGAGGCGCAGUAUUACUCCAUUGGGCCGCUGCUAGACAGUCUGGAGGACAGACAGCCUCUGACUGGGGAGAAAGUCCGCCAGGCGUUCCUUGACCUUCUGCCUUAUUAUAAAGACAAUCUGGAGCGCAUCGUGGAGAUAGCGAAGCUGCGAGCGAUGCAGAGGAAGGCUCGCUUCGCCAAGCUGAAGAUCUGCGUGUAUAAGGAGGAGAUGCCGAUCACGCCGUACGAACGUCCGCUCUUCAACUCGCUGCGGUUCGAGCGCUCCGAGAGCGAGGCCAAGCUGUUCGAGCACCACUGCGAGGUGGACGUGUCGUUCGGGCCGUGGGAGGCCGUGGCCGACGUGUACGACCUGCUGCACUGCAUCGUGAGCGACCUGGCCGAGCGCGGCAUCACCGUCGACCAGCAGUGCAUCGGGGUGUGUGACAAACACCUCAUCAACCACUACUAUUGCAAGAGACCCAUCUACGAGUUCAAGAUCACCUGGUGGUGAAGGAACGUUUAGAGACAUUGGGACGCCGGUCCACAUUCGCUUCCUUUAGAGACUGGAAGCGGCUCGCGUCUGCAACGCGCUCGACACUCAAAUAUUAAUGCAUUUAAAAUCAUGUAGUGGUGCAGGACGGGUUCUGAAACGGGUCCGGGUUCACUUACUGUAGCAGGUCCAGGUUCCUCUGAGAGCUUGCAUGCACGCAGCAAACUUGAUGCUAAUGUCGCUAAUGUCGCUAAUCCAUCUGAGCCUGAGAUCUCUUAAUGAAGUACGUUAAUAGUGUUUAAAGCGAUUUACUUUGAGGAACUCGAGAGAAGGUUCCAGUUCUAACCUUCAUCCAGAUUCCUCAAAGGUCUCUUAAUGAUGUGUUCCAGGAAGUCGUGUAAGAAGCUUCAGGAGGUCUGUGUCUGCGAGCUUCAAAUCCCUCGACACUAAACAGCUCUGCUUACUAGAACCGGCGCGGAUCGUCCGGCUCAGGGUGAUGUAGGAGAACAUUGAGGAUCAGGAACAUUAAAGACUGUAUCAUUAUCUUCAUCAUCACCACCACUAGUGCAGUAAGUCCCCCCAGUAGUGCAGGACAGGUUCUAGUUACUGGAACAUGUUCGGGUUUUAAGGAUCUCACAGGAAGCUUGGCUCUAGCAUUUCUGGUUCUGGUCGGGAUCUCCCUCCUGAGCGGUGCUAGUCAGGAACGUUUAGUGGUUCUGUGAGCCGUGUAGUGUGUAAGGGCCGGUGUUGUAUCCUGGGUUAAUGUGGUUCAGUCUCUACUUUGUGUGUGUGUGUGUGUGUGUGUGUGUGUGUGUGUGUGUAAAACUGGACUCAUGCUUUGUUCGUUGUGCUUUUCAUCUCACCUUGUUGUCCAGGUGUUCUGAUGAACACAGGAUCAUGUGCAGGACUGCCUCCUGGUUCUGAAGCUAAACUUAAACUGAACCUGAGCUCCAGAUACACAGUGGGUCACGUACUUUCUUCAGGUGUGUAACUUCUAAUGUGAAAGUCUUGAAUAACACCACUUGUGUAAUAAUAAACUGUAAGCUGCAGUGUGUGUGACUGUGAGUGAGUGUGUGACUGUGAGUGAGUGUGUGACUGUGAGUGAGUGUGUGACUGUGAGUGAGUGUGUGACUGAGUGAGUGUGUGUGUGUGUGUGUGUGUGUGUGUGUGUGUGUGUGUUAAGCCAUGCUGCACUGAUCUGACUGUUAGUUUCCACCCUUUCCCCUGAGACUCGUUCCCUCUGUAGCUCUGAUGUUUCAGUCUGAACGAGCAGCUCAUCUGUAGCCCAACACUCUCUCUGUAACUAAUCCAGUUGUGUGUAUUUUUUUUACGUGUAUAUGUACGUGUGUGUGUGUGUGUGUGUGUGUGUGUGUGUGUGCGCGAGGGCCAUGAUGAAGCUGCAUGGGGUUUCUCGGGUUUGGUCGUCAGUCUAACUCGCUGCAGUUUCCUCUUUAACCCCGCUGCGCUGCAGUGUCCGCGGCGGCCGAGCCUGGUGCUUGUACUGCUUUAUCCUGCUGAUAAUAAACUCUGUCUAUUUUGUCA